CAUUAUUCCUUAUUCGUUCUCCCCAUAUUCCCCCAUUUCACUCCCUCCCUUAUUCUUAUCACCAUAUCUUCAUCCAGACACUUCAUCAAACACCUUGCGUGCAUUCCUUCUUUUUCAUACAUAACCCUGUUCAGUACAUUCAGUAUUCGAGAAACUCAAAAAUGGGAACUGGGUCAUCAACCAAUUCAGACAAUACUUUACUCGACUGUGAUCAAGGAGAUGAUCGAGAAGGUGGUCAGCUCUAUAUUUCUCUCAAAAUGGAGAAUUAUAAAGUCAAACAUGACCUUAUUCCACAUGUCUAUGGCUCCGUUCCUCUAGUUGGCUCUUGGGAUACCACAAAAGCUCUGUCAAUGCAGCGUGAGUCAACCUCGACGUGGGAAUUGAGUUUUGUUGUGCCUCCGAAUCAUGAAACUUUGGACUUUAAGUUUCUAUUGAAGCCCAAGUAUAGUAGUACGCCGUGUGUAGUGGAGGAUGGUGCUGACAGGCUGUUAACUAGGGGUACGUUGCAAGGGGAUGCAAGGCUGGCACUGUUUAAGCUCAAUGAGGAGGAGGUGCUUGAGUAUAAGGUGUUGAUAAAAGCUGACAGAGUUUCGCCAUUUGACCUUGCGGCAAGUUGGAGAGCAUACAGGGAAAAUUUGAGGCCUUCCACUGUUCGUGGGAUUCCUGAUAUUAGUAUCAAUCCGGCCCCACAAUUAGGUGUCGAGAAUUGCUCUUCAGCAAGUUUGGAUCUUGAUCUUGAACAUUACGAGGUCCCAACUCCAGAAACUGCGAAUUCAAGGGUUUAUGCAGCUAAUAUGACGGAAACCCCAAGGUUUGGAAUAGCUGGCAAGACUGAUGGAUUAGAAAGUGCAUCACAUUUCUCCAAGGUUGGUGGUGUUACUGAUCGACCCGCUAAUAUAAAGGGGUUGGAAGUCACUGUGCCAGAUCCUGCUAAGACUUUUUCAGCAUCUGGAAUGGUUGAAACAAAGUCUAUUGGUAUGGUUUCAGCUAUGCAAAAGCAAGACAGUCACAGGGGACUUUUUGUGGAUAGGGGUGUUGGAUCUCCAAGAUUAGCUAAAUUGCCUAGCUUGUCAAAUUUUCCUAUUGAUCAUAAAUCUGAUUCAGAUCCCAAGAAUCCAAUGCCAGCAGCAGCAGGUGCUGUUGCUGCUGCAGCUGUAGCUGAUCAAAUGCUUGGACCAAAGGAGGAUGGACAUUUAGCUAUUGUUCUGGUUGGUUUGCCAGCUCGGGGUAAGACUUUUACUGCGGCUAAGCUUACAAGGUAUCUUCGAUGGUUGGGUCACGACACGAAACACUUCAAUGUGGGAAAGUAUCGAAGACUCAAGCACGGAGCUAAUCAGAGUGCUGACUUCUUCCGAGCUGACAAUCCAGAAGGCAUGGAGGCACGAAAUGAGGUAGCAGCCUUGGCAAUGGAAGAUAUGAUAGCUUGGAUGCAGGAAGGCGGUGGCCAAGUAGGAAUAUUUGAUGCCACAAACAGUACAAGUCGACGAAGAAAUAUGCUUAUGAAAAUGGCUGAAGGAAAUUGCAAGAUUAUAUUUUUGGAGACAAUAUGCACAGAUCGACAAAUCAUUGAAAGAAACAUACGCCUCAAGAUUCAACAAAGUCCUGAUUAUGCUGAAGAGGCUGACUUUGAAAAAGGAUAUCAAGACUUCAGAACUCGACUGGAUAACUAUGAAAAAGUUUAUGAGCCAGUUGACGAAGGAUCUUAUAUCAAAGUGAUCGAUAUGGCCAAAGGCCAGGGUGGCCAAAUACAAGUAAACAAUAUUAGCGGAUAUCUUCCUGGGAGGAUUGUUUUCUUUCUGGUGAAUACACAUCUGACACCUCGUCCAAUUUUGCUAACUAGGCAUGGACAGAGUCAAGAUAAUGUUAGAGGAAGAAUUGGGGGAGACACUGUUAUAAGUGAUACUGGGGAGAUUUAUGCAAAGAAACUUGCUAACUUUGUUGAGAAGAGACUAAAAAAUGAACGGGCAGCUUCUAUAUGGACGAGCACAUUACAGAGAACAAUUUUAACAGCAAAUCCAAUUGUUGGAUUUCCCAAGAUACAAUGGAGAGCACUUGAUGAAAUAAAUGCUGGUGUUUGUGAUGGGAUGUCAUAUGAAGAAAUAAAGAAAAAUAUGCCUGAGGAAUACGAGUCCCGUAAAAAGGACAAGCUGAGAUAUCGGUAUCCUCGUGGAGAGUCUUAUCUUGAUGUUAUUCAGAGGCUAGAGCCUGUAAUCAUCGAGCUUGAACGGCAGCGAGCACCUGUUGUAGUGGUAUCUCACCAGGCUGUUCUAAGAGCAUUAUAUGCAUAUUUUGCUGAUAGGCCUCUAAAAGAAAUUCCGCACAUAGAGGUGCCCCUUCAUACCAUAAUAGAAAUACAAAUGGGAGUAACAGGCGUCCAAGAGAAAAGAUACAAGCUCAUGGAUUGAUAUCUUCGAGGAAACACUCAACCCGACUGUAAAUAACAUACUUACAAUGCGGAGGCAAUUCUCAUAUUCUAAAAAUGCUGUAACAAUUUCACAGACUACUUGCACUAAGAAAAUACUGUUGAUAUAUACAAAGAUACACAUACACACUA